AGCGUCCAAAACACCUGAAACAAAACGUUAGCAAUUUUAGGCAAUUUCUUGCUAUUUUUCGUUCUUCUAGGAAAGCUUUUUCGGCAAUUUAGGUUUUUUCGAUGAUGAGUUCUUCCUCUUUGUAAGAAAAAAGAAACUUUGCGGGCUGGCUUCACUGCAUGUGUCAGCUGUGACGCUGUGAGCGGAACGAGUCUUCCUGUUGACAAUAACAACUCUUUUUUCUUACACAAAAUGUGUCGAAGCCGACUUCAGUUGACGCUUGCAAUUCUAAAACCAGACCUUAUGAUGCACCCAGUAAGAACUAAGGAGGUAAAGAACAUCAUAAAGAACAGUGGAUUUCUUGUAAUCCAAUCCAAAGUUACCUCUCUCAGUCUUCAAGAUGCAGAGAAGUUUUAUGAGGAGCAUAGGGAGCGGUUUUUCUUCAGUAGGUUAACUGGAUACAUGAGCAGUGGCCCAAUGACAGCCAUGAUUCUUGCUAAAGCAAACGGUAUCGCUCACUGGCGGGAACUGAUGGGUCCCACCAAGACUUACAGAGCAAGAGAUAUCGCUCCAACAAGUAUCCGAGCUUUGUACGGAAUAAGCGACACGAGGAAUGCUGCUCACGGCUCAGACUCCGAUGAAUCCGCUAAGAGAGAAAUCGGCUUUUUCUUUCCCACCUUUGACUGCGAAAACUGGUAUAAAACGUACGAGCCACUUUACCGCGAGAACAGACAAUCACUGGCUUGGGAUAACGAACGUGGUAUUCAUUACGUUCCUCAAUGAACAAUCCUGAUGGCAGAGGACAAGUAAGGACGUGAAAUGAGAUUACAGUAUUGGCGGAGAAGAAAGAAAAAAAAAAGAAUGAAAGAAAGAAAGGAACUCUGGGUCGAAGAUUUUCCUGAAAGUAUGACACAUGAGUGUGGUGCAUCACAAAGGUGUCACAAGUUGGCGGAACUUCUCAAACUGGCAUACAAAUUAAUGUCCAAUUGGUUUUUACUUAACCUACAGAUAUUUAUUUCACGAGUAUUUAUUUGGAUGUACAUAUUAAAUCCAGAGAUUGAGUGUUGAGUAAUAUUGUCAGGUUAAUCAUUUAUCACAGACCUUUUGGAAUUUUGAAGAAAAGGAAGUGUACCUCCAACAUGCGUCUGUUACUUAGUAACCAUAAUGAUGUCACUAGGCCGGGUCUCUCUCUUUUAGUAAUAACCACGUGACACGAAAAGGAAACUUUAUGAAGCUAUUAUUUUCCAAUCGGAAUUUAAACGCAGGAUGAGAAAUAUUUUCCUAGUGAGUAACGACUAGCAAAUGAUGCGCCCAACAAAAUUCUAAUAGGGUUUAAGGUUAUGAAUUCAUCCAAUCCUUGCUGCAUUUUAUCUCUAUCGGCGCGCGUCUUUGGCCCAUUUACCCGCAAAUUUCCAUGAUAU